GCAGCCAAUGCGUUCCUCGCACAGCGGAUAUCCAGUAUCAACUCGAUCAGUGCCCUGUGUGAAGCCACGGGCGCCGAUGUUGAAGAGGUGGCCAGAGCCAUCGGAAUGGACCAAAGAAUUGGGAACAAGUUCUUGAAGGCCAGCAUUGUCUCGCGACUGGUCACCAUUAGUAAGGACCCGUACGAAGCCUGCGAGGAGGCCCACGCUCUCGUCAUUUGCACAGAGUGGGACAUGUUUAAGGAGCUGGAUUACGAGCGCAUUCACAAGAAAAUGCUGAAGCCUGCUUUCAUCUUUGAUGGCAGGAGAGUCCUGGAUGAUCUCCAUCAUCGGCUGCAAGCGAUCGGGUUCCAGAUUGAGACAAUCGGGAAGAAAAUCUCAGCCAAAAGAAUUCCCUUUGCGUCGUCCGGUGACAUUCCAAAAUUCAGUCUGCAGGACCCGCCUUUAAAGAAACCAAGGAUGUAGGCUUUUUUUUGGUACAGAAAAGUUGGAAGGAGGAGGAAAAUAGAAGAAAACAAGAAGGGACCCUUUGAGCCUCAAUAAAGCAUUACAAAUUAUUUGAUUUCAAUGGGAGAUUUAAAUAUCUCCCGCGGAAACCCCACUUAACACUCCGCUCUGGCUAAAUGAAGUUUUAGUAUUUUUUUUGCAUAGUGAAAAAGAUUUCAUACGAACUAUUGAGGUACAGCGCCGUCGUUACGUGGGACAUUUUCAACCAGAUUCUCUUUUAUUAUAAGGUCUAUUUUUCUAGUAUUGUAACUUCUACCAAUGACGUGUUAACUAUACAACCAUCACGUUUUUUAAAAUAUUUUUUUAAUGGGACAACGCAUCGGAUUUGAACUUCCAAGAUUUUAGGGAUAUUUUUGCAAGAUUUCACAGACUUAAAACUUUAGCUUUGACAGAUUGAAAAUAGAAGCAAGAAAGAAAUUUCCUAUCCUAUUAAAUAGAUAGCAACCUAUUAACACCAUGUAACAUUAUUCACGUUGGAAGUUUAAAUUAAGACUUGUCUGGUAUGGAAAUCUUCAGCAAAGGGAUACUUUUUUCCAUGAAUGAAAUCAAGGCAUUAAUGAAAUGACGGUUGAAGUACUUUGCAUAAAACUAAUGCUUACUCCAGAGAAGACCCAAAAUAAGGAAUUAUUAAUUCUGCUUUCUCUUCAAUUGCUGAUAUGCUGACCAUCACUUUCUCACCUUAGAAGCUAAGCAAAGCACGAUUCUUAUUGUGGUUAAAAGCAGACUUGGGACUUAAAAGUUCUAUCCAUAUAUGGAAUUGAUCUGACUUUAGUACGCUACAUUAAGCUGACUUAUUGUAACCACGGUUUACCGGAUAAAUCCAAGUUGGUCGGGGUCGUACCGUAAGCCAAGACCAAGCGAAGUAUGCUUUUAAGCAUGCUGCGUGAACUGGGACACACAACAUCCUUAAAAUAUCUGGGGAAAUGUCUUUGUUUUGCAGAAUCUUGGGCAUUACCAAUAUCUUUUCACAUCCUUAUUACAAGACAGACAUCAGAUUUUAAUUUUUUUGGCAGUUUAUCCCAGUAAACUACGACACACAAAAUAACAACCAAAGGAUGCUUCCAUUUUUCGGUACCCACGGGAAUAAAUAUAAAACUGGAAUACCCAUCACUGCAGUGGGAUUGUUGCUUAAUUCUCAAACACACUUACUUGUACUGAACACAACAGAAGUCCACUUUUUUUCCUUGGAUCAGCUGCAAAUAAAUCUUCGAGGUACCUCUUUGUCUAACAGCCUCAAAAAUUAGCACGUCGAUCCAUUUUUGACUUAAGACCCUCAUUCGUACCUUUUUUAUAAAGCGGUCAGGGAAAAGAUAAUAUUGUAGCCGAGCUCCAAUCCAACAGUUUAAUCGCGAAUAUCAUUUCCAAUCCAACAGUUUUAAUUAAGAAUAUCAUUUACGGUACAGAGAUGCUUCUAAUCCUAUUUUAAGGCCAACGAGAAAAGUGAUUUCAUUGUGCUUUAUGCAAACAAGGAUGAUGACUGAGAAUCACUCGUGUCCCAGGAGCGUCAUUGAAAAGACGUUUAGCGAUGCGAUGUGGGCUAAUAAUGGAACAAACCAUGAUUAUAGAUGAGAGAGGGGGGAAAAUGCAUCUUUUGAUUCCUUAAUGUAUGUGUCUCAUUCUACCUCUGUUUUUCUUGAUGUAUCUGGAUGCUAGUUAUUGGAUAAUGAGUGAUAUCUUUGUUUUGUACAAUAUCAGAGCAUGUCAGGGUCCAGGAACAAAAUAAAAUAUUUUGUAUUCUUUUUUUUUUUUAUAAAGCAA